AUGAAAAGCAAACGAGCUCACGAAGCCGCUACGGCAGCCGAAGACUUCCUGCCCGUCGACGACGCCCCAGUGGAGAAGAAGCGCAAGAGAAGCGACGAUGAACCUGCUGAAGUGAAGCAGAAGAAGGCUAAGAAGGCUAAGAAGGACAAGAAGGAUAAAAAGAAGGAUAAAAAGGAGAGCAGAAAAGAGAGGAAGGAUAAGCGAAAGGAUCUGCAGGAUUUACCUGAGGAGGAGAAGGAGGAAGAGGAAGAUGCUGCAAAAGAUGACGCAGACGUAUCGCAAACCCCGGAUGUAAGCGACGAGAAGAAGUCCAAGAAGAAGGAGAAGAAGGAGAAGAAGCGCAAGGAAGCAGCCAACGGAGACGUCAGCGACGAGCCAAAGAAAGAAAAGAAGGACAAGAAGAAAAAGUCCAAGGACGAGGCGGUUCCCACCCAAGAAACACCAGCACCAGCGGCAUCAAACGACGCCGAGGGCGCGCCAGACGCCAAGUCCUCCCGCCACAUCGUCUUCGUGGGCAACCUGCCCUUCACGGCGACGGCGGACAGCAUCAAGGCGCACUUUGCGUCGCUGAAGCCCAUUUCCGUGCGGUGCAUGAAGAACAAGGACGACGACAAGCCGUGCCGGGGCAUCGCAUUUGUCGAGUUUGCCAACGUGUGGACCAUGAGGACGUGUCUGGACAAGUUCCACCAUACCGAGUUUGAGGGGCGCAGGAUCAACGUUGAGCUGACGGCCGGCGGCGGGGGCAAGACCAAGUUUAGAAAAGACAAGAUUCGCGAAAAGAACCAGAAGCUGGAUGAGAAUAGGGCCAAGAGGAUCGAGAGGGAGAGGGCUGCGAAGGAGGAUGGCGGUGGCCAGAGGGAGGAGGGCUCGGCGGGCAUUCAUCCCAGUCGUUUGGCUAGGAUUCCGGGACUGGGGGAAUAA